AUGACAAAAGAAUUGUCAUUCGAUAUAAUUAAAGAGCUACACAACAUUGGUUACGAUACUAUAGCGAUAGUCAAUGAUAUGGGUCCAUCCAAUAUGGGAUUGUGGAGAAAUUUAAAUAUAUCAAUAACUAAUUCAUCAUUUGAACAUCCGUGUACCCAGAGAAAAAUCCAUGUUUUUGCAGAUGUUCCUCAUUUAAUGAAACUUUUAAGAUAUCAUUUACUUGACCAAGUGUUUGUAUUACCAAAUGGAAAAUUUGUUGGAAUAAAUAUAUUUCAGGAACUUAUCAAUUUAAAUUCAAAACAUGAUUUUAAAUUUGCAUACACAGUCUCUGAUAGACAUUUGUUAGUUGAAGGACCCGGGAGAAUGAAUGUACGAUUAGCUGUACAGCUACUAUCAAAUAGUGUUGCAAAGGCAAUGGCCUUCUGA